AUGAACAGUGAGAGGUAUAUGCCAAGUAUUUUUCCAGAGUGCGACAAACUGAAAGAAGGAUACGACAAGUGUUUCACGACUUUUUUUCAACAGUACGUCAACUCGGAAUACAGACAUCGUUCAUUGGAAAAUCCUUGCCAAGACCUUUUCAAGAGAUACAAGAGCUGUGUUGAAGAGGUAGGUUUCAUUAUCUUUGAUUUUUAUUGUUUUAGGGAUUGAAAAGAGAUAAACCAUUUGAAAUUGAUCUGGAAGAGGUGAGGAAGGAGAUCUUGAACACUAAAGAAGACAACUUUAACAAGGCUCAGGCUUAAAAAUGGAUCAAGGAAACUCAGAGGCUCGUUUCCAUCCAUUAGAGAGCACUCUCGAGCAGUUUCAGGUAACACUGAUUUUUAUUAAAUAUUUUUCUCUAAUUUUAGGUAAGACAUUUGUUACGGACAGACAGUUUAUGAAGUAUUGAAAAGUUUACUGAUUAACGUGUUUUUUAGGAGAAUGCUCGACAUAUUGGAAUUAUUGUUAGCGAUUUCUCCCCACGUUCUCAAGAUAUUUUGAAUCAGAAGAUCCACACUAUGAUUUCCGGUUUACAAGUAAGAAUUUGUUAUUUUAAUCAAACAUUAAAAGUGUGUUGACAAAUAUUGUUAUCCUUUAAUCUUUUUAGGAACUAAAUUCACUUAAAAACAAGUAUUCGGAUGUGCGGGUGCCAUUAGAAGUCCUGGAUUCGUUGGACGGAGGCAAGAAUCCUCAAGUCUACACAGCUACGUGUUUGGAGAGGACCUUGUUGAAGAACAAGGAGGUCAACGGGAAAAUCGAGCUGUAUCGCAAGCUUCACGCCAAGCUGUUGGAGGCGUUGGGAGAAGAAAUGCCAGCAGAAACCAUCCUCUACCGUCAAAAUCGUAAUCUUAUUUCUUCAAACUCUGAACCUCAUAACCCUUGA